AUGUACGUUUGUAAAAGAGAUGGUCGUAAGGAACCAGUUAGAUUUGAUAAAAUUACAGCUCGUGUAUCACGGUUAUGUUACGGUUUAGACUCAAACCAUAUCGAUCCAGUUAAAGUUACUCAAAGAAUUAUUUCAGGUGUUUACGAAGGUGUUACAACUAUAGAAUUAGAUAAUUUGGCUGCUGAAACAGCCGCUUAUAUGACUACAGUACAUCCAGAUUAUGCAAUUUUGGCUGCUAGAUUAGCAAUUUCUAAUUUACAUAAACAAACUACUAAGGUCUUUUCCAAUUUGAUCGAACAAUUGUAUAAUUAUGUCAAUCCUUCUAAUAAUCAACCAGCUCCAUUAAUCGCAAAAGAUGUCUAUGAAACUGUUAUGGCUAAUAGAGAUGAAAUCAAUUCUGCAAUCGUUUAUGAUAGAGAUUUCCAAUUCAAUUAUUUCGGUUAUAAGACCUUGGAACGUUCAUAUUUAUUAAGAAUGAAUGGUCAAGUUGCUGAAAGGCCACAACAUUUAAUAAUGAGAGUUUGUUUAGGUAUUCAUGGAAGUGAUAUUAAAGCUGCUUUAGAGUCUUAUAAUUUAAUGUCUCAUAGAUACUUCACUCAUGCCACACCAACUUUAUUUAAUUCUGGUACUCCUCGUCCACAAAUGUCAUCUUGUUUCUUGGUUGCUAUGAAAGAAGAUUCUAUUGAAGGUAUUUAUGAUACUUUGAAAGAAUGUGCCUUAAUUUCAAAAUCCGCAGGUGGUAUCGGUAUCCAUAUGCAUAACAUUCGUUCAACUGGUUCAUAUAUUGCAGGUACCAAUGGUACUUCUAAUGGGUUGAUUCCAAUGAUUCGUGUCUAUAACAAUACAGCUCGUUAUGUUGAUCAAGGUGGUAAUAAAAGACCAGGUGCUAUUGCUAUCUUUUUAGAGCCAUGGCACGCUGAUAUUUUCGAUUUUAUUGAUAUCAGAAAAAAUCACGGUAAAGAAGAAAUUAGAGCAAGAGAUUUAUUCCCAGCUUUAUGGAUUCCAGAUUUAUUCAUGAAACGUGUCAAGGAAAAUGGUGAUUGGACUUUAUUCUCUCCAUCUGAAGCUCCAGGUUUAUCUGACGUUUACGGUGAUGAAUUUGAGGCUCUAUACAAUCGUUAUGUUGAAGAAGGUAAAGGUAGAAAGACUAUAAAAGCUCAAAAAUUAUGGUACUCUAUCUUAGAAGCACAAACUGAAACUGGUACUCCAUUUAUCUGUUAUAAGGAUGCCGCCAACAAAAAGUCUAACCAAAAGAACUUGGGUACUAUUAAAUCUUCCAAUUUAUGUUGUGAAAUUAUUGAAUAUUCUGCUCCAGAUGAAACUGCUGUUUGUAACUUAGCUUCUGUUGCUCUACCAGCCUUUAUUGAAACUGCAGCAGAUGGUACUACUCAAACUUAUAAUUUCCAAAAAUUGCACGACGUUUGUAAAGUUAUCACUCGUAAUUUAAACAAGGUUAUAGAUCGUUCCUAUUAUCCAGUUCCAGAAGCUAGAAACUCUAAUAUGAGACAUAGACCAAUUGCCUUAGGUAUUCAAGGUUUAGCUGACACUUACCAAUUAUUACGUAUUCCAUUCGAAUCUGAUAGAGCUAAGGAAUUAAAUAUUCAUAUUUUUGAAACCUUAUACCAUGCCUCUUUAGAAGCUUCUUGUGAAUUGGCUGAAGUUGAUGGUCCUUAUUCUUCCUACGAAGGAUCCCCAGUUUCCCAAGGUAUUUUACAGUAUGAUAUGUGGAACGUGAAACCAACUGAUUUAUGGGAUUGGGAUUCUUUGAAAGCUAAGAUUAAAAAGCAUGGUGUGAGAAAUUCUUUGGUUUUAGCUCCAAUGCCAACUGCCUCUACUUCUCAAAUUUUAGGUUAUAAUGAAUGUUUUGAACCAUUUACUUCAAACAUGUAUUCUCGUCGUACUUUAUCUGGGGAAUUUCAAGUCGUUAAUCCAUACUUAUUACGUGAUUUAGUUGAUUUGGGUGUUUGGGAUGAUGCUAUGAAACAGCAUUUAAUUACUGACAAUGGUUCUAUUCAAAAUUUACCAAAUAUUCCACAAGAAUUAAAAGAAUUAUAUAAGACUGUUUGGGAAAUUUCUCAAAAGAAAAUCAUUGAUUUAGCUGCUGAUCGUUCUGCUUUCAUUGAUCAAUCUCAUUCUUUGAAUAUUCAUAUUCAAGCUCCAACUAUGGGUAAAUUGACAAGUAUGCAUUUCUAUGGUUGGCAAAAGGGUUUGAAGACAGGUAUGUAUUAUUUAAGAACGCAAGCUGCCUCCGCUGCUAUUCAAUUUACCAUUGAUAAGAAGGUAGCUGAUCAAGCCGGUAACAAGGUGGCUGAUCUUUCCAAACUAAAACGUCCAACUUAUAAACCACGUCCAUUAAAUAUUAGUGAAGAUGCUCAAGGCGCUGCCGAAUUAGCUGAAGCAAUUUCUAAACCAACUGAGGAAAAAAAAGAUCCUACUCCGGCAUUGACUGAAAUCUCAUCAUUAUCAGAAAGCGUUAGUUCGCUAAGUGUUACUGACAGUAAACCAACAACUCCACCAAGCUCAGAUGGCGUUGCUGCUAACAAGUCAGCUGCAGAAUCUACCAAAGCUGAAGAAGAAAAAACUGAUAUUGAUAUUUACAACUCUAAGGUCGUUGCUUGCGCGAUCGAUAAUCCAGAAGCUUGUGAAAUGUGUUCUGGUUAA